GAGUGUAGUGGUAGCGGUUGUGAAAUCAUGUUGACUCACAGUGAUGGCGCAUUUGCUCCAGCCUCUCCGUUAUUUCUUUGAAAGAAAGAAAAUUAUACGUCUCACUCCCAAUUCUAUUCCUCAGCUGGUAAGUAAGAAAAAAGGCUACUUACUCGUUUAUGUUAGCCCCUUAACCCUUUGCCCCCCUCUGUUUCUCUGUUCAUGUCAAGAGGCAACUGUUGCAAAAGAGAGAAAUUUGGAAUCCGGCAACACCCCAUUUCCUAAAGUUCUUCAAAUGGGAAUUUCCAUGUCUUAUUCUUUUUCUAUUUUUAUUUGAAAGCCGAAGUUGACCCCCCCCCUUCUUGCCCAGUUUCUUUUGCUAUUUUUAACUUGAAAGCUGUUGAAAUUUUCGGUUAGUUUAAGGGUGAGCUUUAAAGAUUGAUAAAAGAAACAGAAAUCUCUGGCCUGAUUCUCGAGAUGGUUUUUAUGUAGUUAUGUUCCCGUACAAGAAACGGAAACCAUAGGCAUUAAGUUUCCUCUUUCUUAUCUCCCCUUUUAAGUUCCGUUGUCAGUAACAUCACUGCUAUGUAUUUAUUUUUUCUUCUAAUGAUGAGAGACGUUCAUUCUAGGAAGCUCAGUUAUUGGGUUGCGUUUCCAUUUAUGUCUAAUGCAAUAUGUUCUUAUGCUUAAAUGUUAUUGCUCACAUGUUUUUUCUGCUACUUCUUUUUUCCUGAAACAGACGCGCAAAAUAAAUUAUAAGCUUGUCUGCUGGUUUCGUGAGUUUUGGAAAAUUGAACUGAACUCGUUUUUCUUCUUGUUGUUUUUUAUUAUUCCCUUGAUGCAGAUGUUUAAUAAAUGUUCCUUAUUGAGUUUUUAAAUUAAUCAUUUUCCAUUUGUACAUACUGUCUGCAGUUAUACAUUUGUUCUCCUGAUGGACUUCUGGAGUUAUGCUUCAGAAGGAAAAGGCCUUCUGUUCUCUGAUGAAAUAGAUUUAUCAGCUGAUGCAUUUACAAGAAGUAGAAAAGCAUCCAUAGGAUGUGAUACUGAAGCGCUUGAGAGUGCAGAGUCUUUAGAUCUUGGUUUCUCUGAAAUCCCAAGAAAACCCUUUCAUGGUAGCAAAACGGGUGCGGGGAUGUUUGUUGGUAGCUGUGUUGGUAUUGAUUCAAGUAAACUAGUAGUAGGCUCUGCUAAUUGUAUGAUUGCCUCCAAUUCGUCAAUGGAAUCUAGGUCCAAUCAUUCGAAUUCUCUCAUGGAAUCUAAUAGUCAGGAUUCAUCACUAUUUGAUUUGAAGCUAGGGAGAUUGGCUGAUUGCAAAGAUGCACAGAAUAGUAGGUUUUCGAAAGAGAGAUUAUUGUUAUCUUCAGCAAGUCCAACUGCUCAGGCAAAGCGUGCUCCAGUGGCGAGUUUGCGCCCCCGGAUUUCCUUUUGCCAGGUCUAUGAUUGUAACAAGGAUCUUAGUUCCUCCAAGGAUUACCACAAGAGGCAUAAAGUUUGUGAGGUUCAUACGAAAACUCCUCGAGUUAUUGUUAAUGGCAAUGAACAGAGGUUUUGUCAGCAGUGUAGCAGGUUUCACUUGCUGGUUGAGUUUGAUGAUGGUAAGCGCAGUUGUCGUAAACGCCUGGCAGGCCACAAUGAACGUAGACGAAAGCCUCAAUUUGGCACCAAAUUUCUGGGGACUUCCUUGCCAAAGAGAACAUCCUUUCUUUUUCCAAACAUGCUUCCAGGAGGUACUUUUUGUCCACAAAGUUAUGAAGAAGAUAAUUGGCGUAAGCAUGUUAAAUUGCAAGAGAAUUCAAUUUACAGCUCUCCAUCGGCAAUACCCAUAAGAAGUGGGCAGUUGGUGCCAAAGUCAUUCCUCCAUUUGCAUGGCAACAGGAUACAAAAGACUUGUGGAAUUUCUCCACUGGACAUUGAGGACCUCACUAUUUCUAACACAGCAACAGCUAUUCAUGAGUUAGCUGGGCUGUCGCACUCUAGCUGUGCUCUCUCUCUUCUGUCAGCAGCUGAAUCACAGGACUUGAGCCAUUCUGCAGGAAAUAUAAUGGUCAGGCCCUUGGCCAGUCAAGCGGGUGGUGCUUGUCAGACCUUGGGUAUUGCUAACAAAUCUUUAGGGAUAGGCUUUUCAGAAAAGUACGUGCCAAUUGGAAUUAAUUCAUUUGGAAUGAAUUUCAUUGAAGUUGACAAUAUGGGGCCAUUUGGGGUUUCUGGUUCUGGUCAUGCUGCCGACCUUAAAGUUGAAACAGAUGGAUUUCUACAUCAGUCAGAUUUCUUGAACGCCAAGCAUUGUGUUUCUCCAGAAAAUGAAUCUACUGUGGAUUGGCUUCAACUGUCAUCUCAUCUUCAGAGGGUGGAGCAACAGAGGAACUCCAUGAAAGUGAAGCAUGAAAAUGAAGAUUUCUGCAGUUUUGGUGCCACUUAUAGGGUGUGAGAGUAAAUAACUUGGGCUCUCCUUUGUGACUUUCCAAGGUAAACAACGUAAGAUGUGGUGGGAGAUAGCAAUGAAUUGCAAGGAUAAUGUAGAUGUGUGUUUUUUCUCUCUUUGGACCAAGUGUACUCCUCUCCUUCUUGAUGAGAAAGUGAUAAAUCCAGCGUUGAUGCAGAGGAGAGACUUGGUGGCAUACAAGCAUCAAAUAUAAUCACUAACUUCAUUGAUGCAAUAGACAAUGAGCCCUUAGAGACUUCAGUUAGCGUUUGCAAGUACAUUACUUAAAAGGUAUAUAUAACACGAACAGUGUAUGGAUUUUCAAUUAUUGUGAGGGGAUGCAAGUUUGAUGUUGCUGGUUGCUCUAGAGAUUACA